CUUUUGUCAAGAUGGCUAGUUCCAACAAAACCCAGCCCCGCGAUGCCGAAAUUAUGACAGCUAUUUUGAAAGAUAUGGGAGUGACAGAUUACGAGCCAAGAGUGAUAAAUCAGAUGCUGGAAUUUGCAUAUAGGUAUGUGACGGAUGUCUUGGAUGAUUCUCAAGUGUACAGCGGACACGCAGGAAGGAGGGACAUUGAUGUCGAAGACAUCAAAUUGGCAAUUCAGACCAGAUUAGAUCAUUCAUUUACAACACCGCCCCCUAGAGAGUUCUUGAUGGAGAUAGCCAAGCAGAAGAAUAGCAGUCCUCUGCCAGCCAUUAAACCUCACAAUGGACCCAGAUUACCACCAGAUAGAUACUGCCUGUCUUCUUGCAACUACAGACUCAAACCACCUCAUAAGAGACCCACUUUGACACUACCCCCCAGAUUAUCUCUUGGCUCAAGUAUAGGUUCCAAACCAAGUCCUACUUUCUCCAUCGUCUCCAAGAGUUCUUCGUUCAGUCUGAAGAGUAGUAGUUCAUCCUACACCAUGGUCACUCAGUCACCAACUGUCAGUAAACCAGCCAUUAAUAUCAUCUCUGGACUAGGCAGUAGUUUAAAAGGUACCUCCAGUAAUCAAAGCGAUGUCAAGCCUGAUGUCAAACCAGUUAUCAUCGACAUGAAGGCAGGUGUGAAAAGGAAACGUGAAGAGAAUGACUGAGGUGGCCAUCAAACCUUCAUUCUUGAUGGCAGCAUUCCAUGCACUUCUGCUUGCAAACAUUGUCUUUGAGCUGGUACUCUCUUCACAUGGACAAGUAGACGUUGGCUCAAAAGCAGGUGUGAAAACUAAACGCUUCCAGUCUUAACUGGAAAUUUACAUGCACUUCUGCUUGCAGACAUUGUCUUCGAGCUGGUACUCUCUUCACAUGGGCAAGUGGACAUUCUUCUAAUCUGCAUUAUUUACCAUAAAAAAACUGGAACUUAUCAUGCAGUUCUGCUUGCAGACAUUGUCUUCGAGCUGGGACUCUCUUCACAUGGGCAAGUGGACAUCAAUUCUAAGCCAGGUGUGAAAAUGAAAUGUGAAAAGAAUGAUUGACUGAGUUGGCUGUCAAACAUUCAUUCUUAACUGGAACUUCACAUACACUUCUGCUUGCAGACAUUGUCUUUGAGGUGGUACUCUCUUCUCAUGGACAAGUGGACAUUGACUCUAAAGCAGGUGGUAAAAGGAAUUGUUAAAAGAAUUAAUGACUGAGUUGGCCAUCAUACCUUCAUUCUUAUCUGGAACUUCCCAUGCACUUCUGCUUGUAGACAUAGUCUGCUGUGCGAACUCUUCACUCUAGAUAAGGGUCUGAAUGUGCAGCCUAUAAUGCCUUGUGUAACUGAAGGCCCCCCCCCAGCAAGUUUUAAAUAUGCUAGUCUUUGCGUGGAGGCCCACUUGUUUUUCAAAGUUUCAAUCAGGGUCUGUGCCUGCAGACUGCUCUUUUCACGUGGAACAAGUGAACAUUGUUCUCUGAAUUUACCAUUCUUUACUGGAACUUUACAUGCACUUCUGCUUGUAGACGUCUUCGAUUCAGUACUCUCUUCAAAUGGACCAGUGGAUAUUCUAAUCUGCAUUUAAUAUUACUAUUAACUGGAACUUUACAUGCACAUCUGAUGGCAGAUAUUGUCUUUGAAUUUAUACCCUUUCCACCAUAUAGGUGUACCAAUCUUAGAUAUGUUUGAUUGAUGUGACACAACAGUUAUUCAGUCUGUAUCAUUGCUGGCGAGUAAAUGUGAAAAGAUUGA